CUGAGCCGGAAGUAGCCGCGAGCCGCUGCAGAGACCCGGCGCGUAGGCCGCAGAUCGGUGUUGGGGGACUGCCUGCUGCGGUACCUGAAGCAAUCCCGGGCGCGGGGGCCACCAUGCGGGCCGGCAAGACCUUCCGCAGACGCCGAGCCGACUCGGAGUCGGAGUCGGACGAGCAGGACAGUGAGGAGGUGCGGCUGAAACUGGAGGAAACCAAAGAGGUUCAGAGCUUGAGGAGACGACCUAACGGGGUGAGUGCUGUAGCCCUCCUGGUUGGGGAGAAAGUACAGGAAAAGACAGCUCUAGUGGAUGAUCCUUUUAAGGUCAACACCGGUGGAAUGGUGGAUAUGAAGAAACUUAAGGAGAGAAACAAGGACAGAAUUAAUGAAGAGGAGGACCUCAACUUGGGAACAUCCUUUUCAGCAGAAACCAACCGAAGGGAUGAAGAUGCUGACAUGAUGAAGUACAUUGAGACAGAAUUAAAGAAGAGGAAAGGAAUUGUGGAAAAUGAGGAGCAAAAAGUGAAAUUGAAGAAUGCUGAAGACUGUCUCUAUGAGCUUCCCGAGAGCAUCCGGGUCUCCUCAGCCAAGAAAACCGAAGAGAUGCUGUCCAACCAGAUGCUGAGCGGCAUCCCAGAGGUGGAUUUAGGCAUUGAUGCAAAAAUUAAAAAUAUCAUUUCGACCGAGGAUGCCAAGGCACGUCUGCUGGCUGAGCAACAGAACAAAAAGAAAGACAGCGAAACCUCUUUUGUUCCAACCAACAUGGCUGUGAACUAUGUGCAGCACAACCGGUUUUAUCAUGAAGAGCUCCACGCUCCGAUCCGGAGGCACAGGGAGGAGCCAAAGACUCGACCCCUCAGGGUGGGAGAUACCGAGAAGCCAGAAGUCGAGAAGUCUCCCCCAAAUCGAAAGCGCCCCCCCAAUGAAAAGGCAACUGAUGAUUAUCAUUAUGAGAAGUUUAGGAAAAUGAACAGACGCUAUUGAUAUCCCCUCAAUGGCAGAAAAGUGGGGAGGGGUUUUGUGCAGAGAUUUUAUUUUUUUUUUUUUGUCAAGCACAAGGUGUGGUGUAAAAUCACAAAAAUAAAAGUU